GUUGACCUCUCCGCUCCGAGGAGCGGCUGCCUUGCCUUUAAACCAUGUCUUUAGCCCAGAAGCCUUUCCAACCCUCUACGAAAUCCCCCUACAAAAAUCCAACUCACAUGGCUCAGCAACAGGAACCCUGGCGUCGGCUCAGCGUAACUCCCACUUUAACCUCCUUUGGUUCCAAGAUACCAAAGGAUGAUCUGGAUUUCCGCUUAUCAACUUUGUACAACCACCACACUGGACUAUUCAAGAAUAAAACAGAGAUACUGUUCCACAAGGAAAGCAGCCAGGAUCCCAAAGGAAGCAAGAGCCAGUUGCCUGGAGAAUGUUUACCUCUUCCUCCUCAACCCACCUCCACUUCCCUAGGUAACAUCAGACACUGGGUCAACCCUCAGAAGGAGUCCAUCCAUAGUAUCCAGGGAGCCAUCGUGUCCCCUCACACUGCAGCCACCAAUGGAGGUUACUCCCGAAAGAAUGAUGGUGGCUUCUUCUCUACCUAGUGGUGACAAGC